AUGGAGAGCAGACAAAGUAGUAGUGAAAGUAAAGCAGAGAAACUGCGGGCACUGGAGGAGAACCUGGAGGCAACGAGAACUGAAUUAGAAUCCGCGAAAUCUCAACUUAGUGUACUCAAAGGUCAAAUCGAAGAGCUGAAACGAGCUGAAGAGCGACCAAAAGUGGCAUUUUCAGCUUCAAUAGGUGGACAUGGGAACACAGGACCAUUCAAUACAGAUAUAACUCUUGUUUUCAGGAAUGUCCUUACAAACAUAGGGAGUGCUUAUAACCCUGCUACAGGAAUUUUUUCUGCACCAACAAGAGGAAUCUACUAUUUCAGCUUUUUUUACCAUGGUGGAACUGCAAACCCAACAAGAUUAUCUCUGUUCAAGAAUGGACAGCGCAUAGCAACAGCCUCCCACCACCAAGGUCAAGGUGGUCCUGAGAAUGGGUCAAAUGGUGUCAAUCUGUUGGUAGAAGCUGGAGAUCAUCUGUAUGUUGUUCUUGGGGCUGGAUCUUGGGUCUGGGAUGGUCGUAAUAUAGACACUAUUUUCAGUGGCUUCCUGCUUACUCCACUGUAA